CAGUAAACUAUCGAAUGUGUUACACGUAUAUUAGUAAAUCGAAUUGUUGUAAAGUGAUGAAUGGAUAGCACGAAUCGGAAUAUAAAACGCUUGUUAAAUCGAUAAGAUCAAAUCACAAAAAUGGGUCAAGACGAGAAAAAAGCAACGAUCGUUCUUGAUAACUUCAACUCGACGACUAACCUAGCGACGAGCCCCGGUUUUCAAUCAACAUUAAGUUUAGGUUCGAAAGAAGUGAUCAAUGAAAAAGCGUACAAUCCCUUCGAACAUCGGAAAGUGGAACACCCUAAUUCGACGAUUGGUUCUCUAGUUCACUUACUUAAGUCUUCACUUGGAUCCGGUAUCCUGGCUAUGCCCGCUGCCUUCAAGAAUGCUGGGUUAGCAAUUGGAGCAUUCGGAACUCUUAUUGUUGGCUUCAUUUGUACACAUUGCGUUUACGUACUGGUAAAAACGUCACAGGAAGUUUGCGUGGAAGCGAAAAAACCUUCAAUGGGAUUCGCUGAAACCUGUGGAGCGGCCUUCGAGUUUGGACCGAAAAGAUUGAGACCAUGGGCUAAUUUUGCUAAGACUUUUAUCGAUUACACGCUCACUUGCACCUACUUGGCCGCAUUGUGCGUGUAUGUCGUGUUCAUUGCGGAAAACUUUAAAGAGGUUUUAGAUGAGUACAAUCCAGAUUACAAAUUAUCGGUUGAAGUGUAUUGUGCACUUACUUUGGUACCUCUUGUAUUGAUAUGUCAAAUACGAAAUCUUAAAUGGCUGGUACCAUUCUCCGCACUAGCCAAUGUUUUCCUAGUCAUUUGCUUUGCGAUUACCAUGUAUUACAUUUUCACCGAUCUACCCAACCCUACCGAGAGGAAAAUGGUCGCUAGUGUCACGCAAUGGCCGCUCUUCAUAAGCACGGUGAUUUUUGCAAUGGAAGGUAUUGGCGUAGUUAUGCCAGUUGAAAACGAGAUGGCUAAGCCCCAGCAGUUCCUUGGAUGCCCUGGAGUACUUAAUGUAGCGAUGACUAUCGUUAUUUCUUUGUAUGGCAUAGUUGGAUUCUUCGGCUAUAUCAAAUUUGGAGAAACCGUUCGAGGCAGUGUAACGCUUAAUCUUCCACAGGACGAAAUAUUAGCACAAAGUGCAAAGAUCUUGAUGGCGCUAUCGAUCCUCUUCACAUACAGCUUACAAUUCUACGUGCCAAUGGAAAUGAUCUGGCGACAAAUCCACCACAAAAUCGCUGUGAAAUAUCAUGAAAUUACUCAAAUAAGCAUCAGAACAACGGCUGUAAUUGGAUCUGUUGCCCUGGCUGCUGCCUCUCCAGACUUGGAACUCUUCAUCAACUUGUGCGGUGCAAUCUUUCUUUCCAGUCUUGGUUUGCUUACGCCAGCAAUCGUUGAUACAGUACACAAUUGGGAUAGAGGACUUGGAAAAUUCAAUUGGAUUCUUUGGAAGAACAUUUUCAUCUCUAUAAUCUCAUUUAUAGCUCUCUUCGCUGGGUCUUAUGUAUCUAUAAUAAGUAUGGUUGAGAAAUAUAAUUCAACAGCAAUGCUAGAUACAACCGCUAACAUGACAAGUAUAAAUACGUGAAAAUUACCUCAACUGUCAGGCAAAUUGAAAAGCAAUGUUAUUUACAAAAUAAUAUGUGAUAAUAUUUCAUACAUUUGUGAUAGUUUUUCUUUUAAUUUGAUAUAAGCCUUGAGAAGUACACACACAUAAUUCUGACGAAUUUUGUAUGUAAUAUGAAUUUACAAAAUAGUUUUUAAGGUGAUAAAAGAGAAAGCAUAAUAUUAUUAAUAAAUAUAAAUACUUAUUAGAAUAUGUUAUAAUAAUGAUAGACACUGAAAUGACAAAACGUAUGACGUAUCGUUAGCUUUUAGUCAAAGAGUGUAAAUCUGAAUUGAAUCAUUCCAGUUUUUCUUCCGCUAAGGUGAUUAUGACAUUAUAAUAAGCUAUGUAAAUAAUUACUUAAUUGUUAAAUGCCUAUAUAUUAAAAAUGAUUUAUUUCUCAAAUUAAAUCUCUUACCAUUUUUUAAUUGAAACCACUUUUUGUAACCAUUUC